GUUGGUACUCAUCGCGGAAUUAUAUAAUGUAUAUGCAUGAGUCACGAUUUGUCACACGGUGUCAACUGUGCGGCAAGAAGGGGGAGGGGACGAACGUGACGUGCAAAUGUCAAAGUCAUACGGCGCAACCAGGCGUAACCAGUCAUCUUGUCGUUAUAUGAUAAAUAAAAAUCGUCAACUCGUUUCCUCUCCAAAAACUAACUUCCGCAUCGUUCGCAUCGUUUGUACUCGUAAUUAACAUCGAGAUCUCUUGGCUUAAUAUGUUUAUAUCCCGUUAGAAAUUGAUUAUUGUCUCUUUCCACGUUGAUUGUGCGAUGCGCUGCCAUUAGAAGUUAUAAGUCUCUCGAAGAGAAAUUCCAAGGAACUUUCUAGAAUGAACAGAGAAUAUUCUUUUUGAAUGUUGUCAAAGUCAUUGUAAGCAAUGAUACAAACAAGACUUCUCGCAUCUGUGGGUGACAUUUCUUAGCUAUUAAAACAUUUGUAUAUCUUUUUAUAUCAAAUUCAACGAUUAUUUAUUUGCAUUUUGGCAUUGAGAAAUGCCAGCACCAUCCCCGACCCUCUCUAGUUUGCCAGAAAUACCUAUGUGUGAGAAAACGGAAGUCAAUGAUACUGAUUCUCUGCCCUCUUGGGCCAAAAUCACACUUACAUCUGCAGAAGCUGAAAUCGAAAAGCUGAUCUCACGAAAUGAGUUGAAAGAUGCAGAGGUAACUUACUUCUGUCAAGUAGAACCAAUUCUUCAAGAUGGACCACAGUGCGGUUUAGUGGCACUUUCUAUGGCAUCGCAAGAAUACACAAAACCAGUUUCUGUAAAUCAACUUCUUGCUGAAGCUCGUGUACGAGGGUUUACACAGCAUGGAGAAGUAUACAGUGUCGAUUUUAUGGGAACAUUGGCUGCGGAAUAUUUACCUGAUCAUAAACCAGAUAUUUUAGUAGAUUUACAACAGUGUCCAGAUACAUUAACUCAUGCUUUAGCACAUGGAGCAAUGGUGUUGAUACCAUAUGAUUCUGAUUUCAAUCACGCUCCAUGUUUAAAAAAAGGUCAUAAAGCGCAUUGGGCAUUGCUUGUGGGUCUAAUCUCUUCCAGACAGGGAUAUCAUGUUCUGGCACGUCACGGUAAAUCGCGUCACUUGGCUUGUUGGCCCUUACGCGAUUUGAUUGAAAGUAAUGGCAACUUAGAGGAAGAGGGUACAGCGAGACAUGCAGGAGGAUAUGUUAUACCAAAGGGUGGUGUUGGAGGUCAAAAAGGCUUACGCGGCAGAGCAUUGGCAUUACAUCCAUACAUAUAGAAUUAUAUCGAAGAAAAUUAUAGGUAAUUGAUUUCAUGCUAAAAAAGAAAAUUGGUCGAUACUCUAUAUCCACUUGUGCUAAAUAUUCGAAACAUAACAUUUGCAUACAAUACACACGGCUUCCAUAAGAAUCACUAAUAAUUAUGUAUUAUAAUAUGCGACGCUUUAAAUUUAAAUUUGUGCGAAAUAUUUUACGUAAUGUUAGUCAUGAUAUCUACCAAAAAGCGUUCGGUAUUGGAGAUAUGGUAAUUCUAAGUGGCAUUAUUUUCGUUUUAUUGGAAUUAUGCGAUGUAAAUAAAAAUUCCGGCAGGCCGAAAUAUGUGCACGUAAAAUAUAAAUGCAGACAAUUGUCUCUUGACAGUAUUAUAUCCUAUUAGAUUGAAAUGCAAAAAUGUAUGCAUACACCGUAAAGUAAAAAUGAGAUACAUAAAAAUGUUCACAUAAGUAAAUAUAUAUGCAUAUACAUAUGUGUGUACAUGCGUGCGUGUGUGUAUGUGUGUAUGUAGGAAGUUAUCAAAAGUGAUAAUUCAGAAGGGAAGAUCUAAGUAUGUUUCUUCAGAUAGAGUGUGUGUAGGUUUUCAACAACAAUUGUGGUUUCCGUCUUAUGUUAAUGCAAUAAAUAAAGAGUAAAUCUAUUAUAU